AUUAACCUUGUAUCGAUGCUUAAAUACAAGUGUACAAAUUCCUACACACAUUCAAAGGACCAUCCAAAGCUUCACCAUGAAGGCUUUAGCUGCUUUAUGUGUAACAAUAUGCAUUGUUUAUCAGGUUAAUGGAAAGAGCAUAACAGACCAUGUGCAAGGGUCAAGACGAGAGGUGCGUCAAAUUAAUGAUCCCGGCUCAAUCGACUGCAAAAUGAGCGCCUGGUCACAGUGGACGUCCUGCGACCCGUGCACUAAUAGGACGCAUCGCUCUAGAAGCAUUGAGGUCUUUGGGCAGUUUAAAGGCUCUAGGUGCAUAGACCCAAUUGGAGAUCGGAAACCCUGUAAACCAUCUACCACAUGCACGAUGGACCCUCCACCUGUCUGCAAGAGCUCUCAAUGGAGGUGCGAAUCAGGAAUAUGUAUAAGCAAAAGUCUGAGGUGUAAUGGGGAUUAUGACUGUGGAGAGCCUGAUACGUCUGAUGAAGAUGAGUGUGAUACCAUCAGGACACCUUGUGGCAGGACAGCUGUAUUUGAGUCUGAUAUAGCCAUGCAAGCUGGAUAUGGAAUAAACAUUCUGGGAUCAGGACCUCGAAGGAAUCCCUUCAAUAACAGAUUCUAUAACGGUCAAUGUAACCGGAUCAGAGAACCAUCCACGUUGGAAUAUAACAGAUUGCCUUGGAAUGUUGGAGUUCUUAACUAUGAGACAAAAGUGGAAGAGAGCAGCUCUAAGGAGAUGUAUGAGGACAUUCACUCUUUAAUAAAAGAGAUAUCUAGGGAAACCUCUACAUCUUUUGAAGUAGGCUUAAACUUCAAGUUUACACCUACUGAGCCUUCCAGUUCUGGUUCAGGUGAGGCUGGCAGUGCCGGUGGAGGUGGUGAAGUUGCCAGUCCCGAUGGGGGCGGUGCAGCUGAAGGUCCUGGUGAGGAGGGUGAAGCUCCAGGUCCUGUUGAGGAGGGUGAAGUUCCAGGUCCUGGUGAGGGUGAUGACACUGUUUCUAGUGCAGACCAAAAACCUGGUCCUGGCUUAGGUUUCAGUGCGUCCGUAGGAUUUGACACAAAGAAAUCAACAACAAAUAUAAUCAAACAGCUUUCAGAAAUCACACAAACCAAGAGAAAGACCUUCAUGAGAGUGAAAGGCAGAGUCGAGCUGGCAACCUACAGGAUGAAACAGCGAGGGCUGGAGGUGUCCUCAACGUUCCUGGACGAUGUGGAUGCCCUGCCACUUACAUAUGAGAAGGGCCAGUAUUUUGCUUUCUUAGAGGACUACGGAACACACUUCACCAAGAACGGAAAGUCUGGUGGAGAAUACGAACUUGUUUAUAUAAUGAAUGAGGAUAUCCUUAAUCUAAAAAAAGUCACAGAAACCACAGUCAAGAAAUGUUUAGAGAUUGGACUUAGAGGCGACUUCCAAUUUACUCAAGCAGCAACAGGAGGAGGUCAUAUUAAACCAAAAAACGACUGUGAGACACUAACAGACAAACCCACAGAUGGCAAGGACACCAAGGGGGUUAUUGAUAAAGUGCUGAUCGCAGUGAAAGGGGGCAGUCCGGCUUCAGCAGUAGCCAUGAAGUCUCAGCUCACUAAAGAUGGCAUCCUAGACUAUAAUCAGUAUGUGGAAUGGGCAAAGACCAUCACUACUCUCCCAGCUCUCAUUCACAGUGAUCCUGAACCCAUCUACAACGCGAUCCCUUUGGACUUUCCUGAUGCUCAGCCAAGACGGGAAAAUCUCAGAAGAGCCAUGGAUGACUAUGUGGCCGAGUACAGCGUGUGUAAGUGCCAGCCAUGCCAGAACGGUGGCACUGUGAUCCAGAUAGAUGGGGAGUGUAAAUGCAUGUGCCUACCAGGGUCUGAAGGAGUUGCGUGUCAGAUCAUUGAGAAGGAACUGAUGAAAGCUAAGUCUUUUGAACAACUGGGAAACUGGGGUUGCUGGUCUUCCUGGUCGCUCUGCUCCGGGGGGCGUCGCAGACGAACACGCAAGUGCAAUUCUAGCGGUGUACCAGGAGGAAUCUGCAGAGGAGACACAACUCGUGAAGACUACUGCUAAUAUAGUAGUUCAAAUACACAAAUAAUCAUGAGGCAUUAAAAGUGUUGUGUAUAAAAUAAGAUACAAAUUACAUGUACAUUCAGAUGACAAACACGUUUGACAACACUGCCAUCUUGUGGUCAAUAGUGCAACCGAAAAUAGUUGCAUUACAGAAAGUAAGCUUUUAUCAUAUUACCUAGCUGACUUUUUGCCUACCUUGGCAGUAACAUACAGUGAUGGUUUCACAAGUAAAUUUAAUGUCACUUUAAAAUAUACCAUGGUAUGUUAUUGAUUUACUAAAUACCAUUACCUAUUUAAGUUUAGUUAAACUAAAGUGUGUUUCCUCCUGUCUCAUAUCAUACUCAUAACAAUAAGGUGAUAUGAAAAUCAAAGAUAAACUGGUGGUAAUUAUCCUGUCUGUUAGUAAAGCCACAAGAUUUACUCCAAUAAACAAGAAUUUACUAGAGGAUGAAUGUCA